UCUCUUGGUGAUUCACCACUUGACCUACCUAUCGCUCCUAUGGCUAGGUCCGUUGAGUCACUGGUCGUUGGCAAAGUGAUCGGAGAUGUGCUUGACAUGUUCACUCCAGUGGCGGACUUCACGGUCCAUUAUGAGUCCAAACAGAUCGCUAAUGGUUGUGAAAUCAAACCAUCCGCUGCUGCCCAGAAGCCAUUUGUACAAAUUCUCAAUUCUCGUCUCUCCACCAAUCUCUACACACUGGUAAUGGUGGACCCCGAUGCACCAAGUCCUAGCGAACCAACAUUGAGACAGUGGCUUCAUUGGAUAGUUGUAGAUAUCCCAGAAGGAUCAGACGCCACAAAAGGAAGAGAAUUGGUGGCAUACAUGGGACCCCAACCACAAACCGGAAUUCACAGGUAUGUAUUGGCGUUGUUUAAGCAAGCAUGUGCAAUGAUGGGGAGGAUUCGACCUCCAGAUGGCCGUGGCAACUUCAGCACCCGUCAGUUUGUGUCUCAGUAUGAACUCGGGCUACCGGUUGCUGCCGUGUAUUUUCAUUCCCGAAAGGAGCCAGCCAGUAGAAAACGUUGACCUUUCUGAAUAAAUCUAUGUUGCUCCCCGCCUGAUUUUGGCUUAACGAAUUUGUUGUUUCCUUGUUAUUCAAGGAUGAUUAAUUUGUUAAUGUCCUCCAUUUUGUGGGUUAUAUGUGUGUGUAUAUAUAUA